AUGGCGGACCGUAUUCAGUCCACGGACAACAAAACUGCUGAUGUCGUUGGACAUCAUGAGGAACGCGGCACUCAUAUCGAUCCCGUCGACUUGAGCCGCAACAUUGAAGCGAAGAUUAAAAACCCUCUUGAGGGAAUCGGCUACGAACAGCUUAUGCACGACGUCGAGGUCUUCUGUCAAGAGAAGGGUCUUCAGGAUGAAAUCGCUCUUUUCCGCAAGGGCGCCCUGAUUGCGCAGGACCCAACCAACUACCAGAACAUUGGAGGUACUGAAGCACUUGCACCCGAUGAGAUUCAAGCACUCCGCGACGAAGUCGAGCACAAGUGGCGUAUGCCCAAGAAGCUUUUCUUGACCAUCGCGACCUGCUCCAUUGGCGCUGCUGUUCAAGGUUGGGAUCAGACUGGUACCAACGGUGCCAACAUUUUCUUUCCCAAGGAAUAUGGUAUCGAUGGCAACAGCGUGCAUGACACCAUGAUCUUGGGUCUCGUCAACGCUGGUCCUUAUAUCGGAAGCGCUCUGAUGGGUUGCUGGCUGUCUGAUCCUCUCAACCACUACUUCGGUCGUCGCGGUGUCAUCUUCUUCUCUGCCCACUUCUGCAUCUGGCCUCUUAUCGGAUCUGCCUUCAGUCACAACUGGCAACAACAACUCGUAAACCGUCUACUUAUGGGUAUUGGCAUGGGUGCCAAAGCCUCAACCGUGCCCAUCUACGCCGCUGAAAACAGCCCGCCUGCGAUUAGAGGAGCUCUCGUCAUGUCUUGGCAAAUGUGGACUGCUUUUGGAAUCGCACUCGGUACUGCUUUUAACCUGGCUGUUUAUUACGCCAAGCAUAACUGGCGUCUGAUGCUUGGUAAGUUUAAACGCUGCCUGUUUUCUGUUCUUUUCCCGUCUGUUCCCCUGCUCCUCCUGAUUUAUCUCUGCCCCGAGUCUCCCCGUUGGCUUAUGAAGAAGGGACGCUACGUCCAGGCGUGGAAGUCAAUGAUCCAGCUACGAAACCACCCGAUUCAAUGCGCCCGAGACAUGUACUCCAUCCAUGCACAAUUGUCACUUGAAUCCCAGGUGUUGACCAAGAACAACUAUGCGACUCGUUUCACUCAGCUGUUCACAAUCCCGCGUGUGCGCCGCGCCAACUUGGCUGCGUUCACUGUCAUGAUUGCCCAGCAGAUGUGCGGCAUCAACAUUAUUGCAUUCUACUCAACUACUAUUUUCAAGGAUGCCAACAUGAGCGAGUUCCAGGCCCUUCUUGGUUCCUUCGGUUUUGGCAUGGUCAACUGGCUCUUCGCCUUCCCUGCUUUCUGGACUAUCGACACCUUUGGCCGACGAUCGCUGUUGUUGUUCACGUUCCCUCAGAUGACAUGGACACUUCUAGCCGCUGGUCUCUGCACGCUCAUUGCACCCGGCACCACUCGCACUGCCCUGGUAUCGCUUUUCGUCUACCUCUUCGGUGCUUUCUACUCCCCCGGUGAGGGUCCUGUGCCCUUCACCUACUCUGCCGAGGUCUACCCCCUGUCUCACCGUGAAAUGGGCAUGGGUUUCGCCGUUGCCACUUGUCUCUUCUGGGCUGCCAUCUUGGGUAUGACCUUCCCGCUUAUUCUGAAGAGUCUCGGUGUCGUUGGUGCCUUUGGCUUGUAUGCCGGCUUCAAUGUUGUCGCCUUCUUCAUGAUUCUCUUCUGGGUUCCCGAGACCAAGCAGCGCACCCUCGAGGAGCUUGACUGGGUCUUUGCUCUGCCCACCAGCCACUUCGCCCGCUACCAGAUCCAGAAGUCCAUUCCUUACUUCAUCAAGCGUUGGAUCUUCUUUGACCGCAAGGCUACACUGGAGCCGCUCUACACGUUUGAGCAGGCGCACCGAACCGAGCGUUCUGACUCCAAGGACGUCUCUGACGGCGACAAGAAGAGCUACUAG